CAGCGCGUGUCGAAUCAUCGAUUCAUCGUCAGACCGACAAGAACCGGAGACGGAGGACAUAUACACACCGGAUCACCGAGACCCGCGGACACUUAUUUGUGGCAUAUGGUCAUAUUUAUCGGUCAUCUGAGAUACGAAAGGUGUAUAUAUCAUGAGUGAAAUAUGAAAUCGAGAGACAUGAGCUCGCGCGCACCGGCCUGAUCGCGCGCCGGGCCGAUUCAAAAUUCACCUCAGAGAUUAAUCAGCGGUUAUUAUUACAAUUAUAUUAGUCAGCAGUAUUACUAUAAGUCGUUAGGCGCUAGAUUGUGGUCAAGAGAGCGACAGGAGGUGUGUGUUACAGUAAAAACAGCGAUGGAUCCGGACACAGCCACAGACUUCACCGUGGAAAACGUGGAAAAGGCCCUGCAUCAACUCUAUUAUGAUCCCAACAUUGAGAACAAGAACCUGGCUCAGAAAUGGCUGAUGCAGGCUCAAGUGUCUCCUCAGGCCUGGCAGUUCUGUUGGGUUUUACUAAGACCAGAGAAGGUUCCAGAGAUCCAAUACUUCGGCGCCAGCGCCCUUCACACCAAGAUCUCCCGCUACUGGAGCGACAUCCCCGCCGAGCAGUACGAAACGCUCAAAACGCAGCUGUUUUCUCAGAUCGCUCGCUUUGCCUCCGGCUCUAAGAUCGUCUUGACCCGCCUGUGCGUGGCGCUUGCGUCCCUCGCCCUCAACAUGAUGCCCGAGGCCUGGCCGGGUGCCGUCUCGGAGAUGGUGCGCAUGUUUCAGGAGGAAGGAGGUCAGGUGGACGGUCGUGCCCGCUGUUUGGCCCUGUUGGAGCUCCUUACAGUUCUCCCCGAGGAGUUCCAGACCAGCCGGCUGCCGCAGUACCGUAAGGGACAGGUGCGGGGCGCUCUGGGCCGCGAGUGGACGGCCGUUUACCCGCUUCUGCAGCAGCUGUUACGGCAGCCGGACUCUCCGCCGCUGGUGAAGGCCCGUGUGCUCAAGUGUCUGUCGAGCUGGGUUCUCCUGGACGUUCCUCUGAACGAGAGCGAAGGAUUGGUCGAGGCCAGUUUCACAGCGCUGGCGGAUCCGGAGCUGUUCGAUACGGCUGUGGAGGCCAUCGUCAACACCAUCUCACAGCCCGACUCACAGAGGUAUGUGAACACUCUCCUGAAGUUGGUGCCGCAGGUGUUGCAGCUACAGGAUCAGUUACGAGACGCCGUACAGAAUGGAGACAUGGAAACGUCACAUGGCAUCUGUCGAAUCGCUGUCUCUCUGGGAGAGAAUCAUUCAAGAGCUCUGUUGGAGCAGGUGGAGCACUGGCAGAGUUUUCUGGCUCUGGUGAAUAUGAUCAUGUUCUGCACAGGCAUCCCUGGUCACUACCCCGUCAACGAGACCACCAGCUCUCUCACGCUCACCUUCUGGUACACACUACAGGAUGACAUCAUGUCGUUUGAGGCAGAGAAGCAGGCCGUCUAUCUGCAGGUCUACAGGCCUGUGUACUUCCAGCUCGUAGACGUUCUUCUGCACAAAGCGCAGUUCCCCACGGAUGAGGAGUAUGCAUCCUGGUCAUCAGACGAGAAGGAGCAGUUCAGGAUCUACAGGGUGGAUAUAUCUGACACACUGAUGUACGUCUACGAGAUGCUGGGAGCUGAAUUACUCAGUAACCUGUAUGACAAACUGGGACGACUCCUCACCAAUACAGAGCCAACAACAACAUGGCAGCAUACAGAAGCGCUGUUGUACGGAUUCCAGUCCAUCGCCGAAACGAUAGAUGUGAACUAUUCUGAUGUCAUCCCAGGACUCAUCGGUCUCAUUCCUAGAAUCAACAUAAACAACGUCCAGCUGGCCGACACGGUCAUGUUCACCAUCGGAGCGUUGGCAGAGUGGUUGGCGGAUCAUCCGGUGAUGUUGAGCAGCGUUUUGCCGCUGGUUUUGCAGGCGUUGGGCAAUCCAGACCUGUCUGUUUCCAGCGUCUCCACACUAAAGAAGAUCUGCAGAGAGUGCAAAUACGACCUGCCCCCAUAUGCCAACAAUAUAGUCGCUGUUUCACAGGAAGUACUUAUUAAACAGAUCCAUAAGACGAGUCAGUGCAUGUGGUUGAUGCAGGCUCUGGGCUUUCUGUUGUCCGCUCUGCCGGUGGAGGAGAUCUUGAGGAACCUUCACUCUCUGAUCACCCCGUACAUCCAACAACUGGAGAAACUAGCAGGGGAGACGCCAAACCCAUCUAAUAAACUGGCUAUAAUUCACAUCCUCGGUCUGCUGUCCAAUCUCUUCACCACGCUGGAUAUCACCAAACAGGAGGAGGAGUCAGGAGACAAUGCCCCGCCCAUCAAAUCAGCCCCGCCCCAGACAGGCCCCAACCCUGUAAGCACCUUCCCGUGGUUGGUGCUCCAGCAGGUCUUUGCACUGAUUCAGACGGUCCUCAGUAAAUGGCUGAAUGACUCGCAGGUUGUGGAGGCAGUGUGUGCCAUCUUUGAGAAGUCCUUGAAAACUCUCCUGCAUGAUUUUGCCCCCAUGGUGUCUCAGCUGAGUGAGAUGCUGGGGCAGAUGUACAGUACCAUACCGCAGGCAUCUGCGCUGGAUUUAACACGCCAGGUAUACGAAGCCCAGGAUGACAAAUGA